UCACAAGUCUUCUGAGGUAGGUGGCGCGUAUACCGAGUGUUUAUAGGUCUUGUUGAGAAGGGGGAAGAUGGCGGAAAGGACGGAGCACAUGGAAGGAGCCGGUUCUGCUAAAUUUGCAAAACGAUAAAGGACAGCCGCGAAUCGACAAGGCAGGCGUAUUUCUAACGAAACCACAAGAACGCGUCUAGCUGCAGAAUCAGAACCGAGGAGUGGUGGUUGUCUUUUCCCUUUUUUCUGUUUUGUCUGCGUGGUAACUGCAUGUGGGGUUUGCUGAGAGACGGUAGUAAGUGAGUGUCAGAGAGGAAGCGAAGAGUGGUGACUCGUGUAGUGCUAGCUGCGCAGAGUGUUAUUAUUUUUGCUAGGGGAUGUUCUCCUUACUUUCCUAUGGCAGAUUGGUUGCAAGGGCUGUCCUGGGCGGACUUUCCCAAACAGACAGCCGGGAUUACAGCCUGGUUACAGCAAGCUGCGGCUUCGGAAAGGAUUUUCGGAAGGGUAUUUUGAAGAAAGGGAUGUGUUACGGGGAUGACGCCUGCUUCAUUGCCCGUCAUAGAUCUGCAGAUGUCUUAGGUGUGGCGGAUGGCGUGGGGGGGUGGAGGGACUAUGGCGUCGACCCCUCUCAGUUCUCAGGGACUCUGAUGCGAACGUGUGAGCGUCUGGUGAAGGAAGGCAGGUUCAUGCCGAGCAGUCCUGUGGGAAUCCUCACCACCGGCUACUAUGAACUGUUACAGAACAAAGUUCCACUAUUGGGGAGCAGCACGGCAUGCAUUGUGGUGCUGGACAGGCGCAGUCACCAGCUACACACAGCUAACCUGGGGGACUCUGGUUUCCUGGUGGUGAGGGAAGGCGAGGUGGUGCAUCGAUCGGACGAGCAGCAGCACUACUUCAACACCCCCUUCCAGCUGUCCAUCGCCCCGCCCGAGGCUGAGGGGGCCGUCCUGAGUGACAGCCCUGAAGCUGCCGAUAGCUCCUCUUUUGAUGUCCAGUUGGGCGAUAUUAUCCUGACGGCAACUGAUGGACUUUUUGACAACAUGCCAGAUUAUAUGAUCCUACAAGAAUUAAAAAAACUAAAGAACACUAACUAUGAGAGUAUACAGCAGACUGCGAGGAGCAUCGCAGAGCAGGCCCACGAGCUAGCCUAUGAUCCAAAUUACAUGUCGCCUUUUGCACAGUUUGCAUGUGACAAUGGACUGAAUGUACGAGGAGGGAAGCCUGAUGACAUCACAGUUCUGCUGUCUAUAGUAGCAGAGUACACUGACUAGUGGCACUGAAGAACCCUGUUGUCUUCCUCAAUCAUGUUCUAUUGUACUGUUUCCUGCUGGCAGGACUGUGGACUCCCCUCCCCUUGCAGCUAAACCCCCAGUUAUUCCCUGGGUCUGCAGCCACACUUUCACCACUACCAGGAAGAGCGUACAUCUUCCUGCAGAGCAACCAGGACAGUCCUACACAGAUGAACUGUGGUGUCUGCCAGCAAGAAAACUUGAACUAUUUACCACCCUUUUGGCAUUGGGUAGACCUUCAUAUUUAUAAUGGAAUCAUUCACAGGAACACGCUUGGUAUGGUUUCAGUCUGUGAGCUGUUUUUCCAUAAGCAUUGCUUGAUGUAGUUUGUUUAUUGUCCAGCAGGUGGCUGUAGAGACGUCACAUGCCUUUUAAUAUUAGUUGUCUUGGUCCCAGUCACCUUCUGAACAAUAAACAAAUGUGGAUCCCCUUUCCCCUGGCUGCGAAUGUACAAACUCAAACAGGAGCAGAAAUAGGCAUUUGAAUCUCUCUCUCUCUCUCUCUCUCUCAAAUUCAAAUUCACAUUCAAAGGUGCUUUGUUGGCAUGACCAUUAUUUACAGUAUUGCCAAAGCAAUGUAUACACAGUACGUCAUCUGAACAUUAAAUAGACAAUAAUACUGAUGAGAAUAAUAGUGAUAAUAAUAAUGGUAAACAAGUAUAAAUAAUAACCACGUUAUUAAUAAUUUAACAAUAACAACAAUGAAAUAUAACAAGAUUUGAACACUGGUUGUCCCUCAGGCUGUGACAGGUGGCUGUGUACUGGGCUGCCAGUUGGACACAGCUCUCCCUAUCCCUCUCCCUCUCCUGUGUUCUUGCAUUUUAAUGUUUCUGACCUAUUUGGACAGAAUUUGGGAGUGUGUGUGCAAGUGUUUAUUACUGUUACCUGAAUACUGAUCUGGAGUCAGUUGGGUGGCAAAUAUGAGGAACUCCACAGUGAACAGGGAAUGGUUUUGUUGCCUAUGGAAAAACUGCUCCUAAUGUUUCCAAGGUUUGAUCAGCCACCAGUCAUAGAUCCUGUGUCUAUCGGAUUCCAUUUCAAAGUCUUUGAAGCGGAUACUGUAAACGCCGGCCAGUCUGGGAAAGGGGUUGGCUUGAUUUAAAAUUUCUCAGGCACUGGCAAAUGUUUAAAAGUUGAAGCUUCCUGAUCAUUUACUUGCACUUGUAAACAGUGGAGAUGUGUGGGUUCACUGAUGAAUGAGAGAAUGUAAAUUGUGAUUGCAUUAAAAAAAAUAAAACGAGGCAUAGCGCUACGUAGAGGUCUGCUGCAUCAGUUUGAUUGCUUUCCUCAUUUAAAGAAAACUAGCUGAAACGAUAGGCGUGUACUUUUGCUAUGCUUCGUUGUCAACAAAUUGUUAAAGAAUAGAGCGCAGCGAUGGUGUUUCGUCAUCUGUUUGAGUGGCAUGUAUGGUAGCAUAUUGGAGAGCAUGGCUGUUGGUGGAACUGUCCCAGUCCUGUUUAUGUUCUGUCUUUUAUAGUUCUGUAAUGCUGGUUUUAAUGGAAUAAGAAGGGGUGAUGUUUUGUUGCAGCACCUUAGUGUUGGCGGUUGGGUAUGGGGCAGAUGGACUUGCUUCCUAUGUUCUCUUAGUGGACAUGUAUAUUGAGUUUGGAGGUUAGAGACAGUAACACGGCUGUCUGUCAAAAUCUCCAAAGCCACGUACAGUCCAUUUUGUUUUUAUAAAGAGCAAGAUUGCAAACAAGUCCUUCUGCAGCUGUGGGUGCCAAAUGUUUAUUGGCUGUUAUCCAGUCUCUCUGAACGUGCUGUUCAGUGCAUGGACAGUGCAUUGAAGCAGGACCGUGGACUCAGGUCGGUUUCAAGAGCGGAUAACCAAACGUUUUCUCAUAUGCCUCACUGGUCACAUACGUCACACGUCAUGGUGCUCUGAGUGAGCGCUGUCCCGGGUGAGUAAAACAUAAACGCCCUGUUAUGUCACUGGAUAACCAAGUGUAGCUAACUUGUCACAGCUGAGUGUGUGUGAGUUUGUGUAACGUUAUAACCAGGUCUAGCUAAUUGAGCACAGCUAUGUGAGUUUUUGCAAUGUUACCCGUCUUAGUUGGGACUGUAACUCCUGGAAGUGUGUCUGGGUUCUGCGUCUGAGAUUGUUUUUAAAAUGUUGUUUUUUUUUUUUUUUAGUAACCUUUAUGAAAAAUACCAUUAACGCACAAGAAUAAUAAGAAGUUCGUAUCGGUGGGUGCUUUUGUGAACAGGUAUGUGUUAGGUCAGAAAUGAGUAAUGAAUAUAAAUAAAGGUUUAUUUUUAUAACUAUUUUCUUUUGAAGUGGUCCCACAGUUCUGUAGUAAUGUGUAUAUAUAUAUAUAUAUAUAUAUAUAUAUAUAUAUAUAUAUAUAUAUAUAUAUAUAUAUAUAAUAUGGUUCUUGUACACAGAAUUUUACCACAGCCAGAUAAUUAAUAUAUCCCACUAUGGAGUUCCUAAAGCCAUCUUUUACAAAUAGACCUCUCUCUAAUAUGUAUCUAUCAGGUAACAUGUUUGUGAAAGGUCUUCUAAACAUUAGUGUGUUAGUGUUACAUUCACAUGUUGAACAUCAGGAUUUUCGCUUUCUGUUGUACUGUAUAUUUGCAUAACUAUUUUGUGCAGCUUUUUAUUUUUUGUAAUUUAAAAUUCAACUUUUACAUGUACCGUGUACAUGUCGAUUUUACUUUAUUUAAAUGCACAUCAUGUUUCUAACAGGCAUUUAACUUUGUUUUUAAGCUUUUCACUAGUUAAACCAAGGAAUUGAUUCAAUUGACUAUUCCUGUAUUUACAUGGUCUGCUCCUCCUUGUACAAUGAAGCUUUCUGUCUACUGCCCAGCUGAACUGGUACUCUUGUCAAUUCAUUAUUGGCUAUUAAAGACAUUUGCUUGUAAAACCUUAAGUGUAUGUUGGUACUAGGAGUAGAAUGACUAUCUAUUUGCCAGUCAAACAGUUGAUAAUUAAAAAAAUGAUUAAUAGAUCAUGUAUUUGAUAAUGUCGGCUGCUUAAUUUGUGUAUGUACCGUUUGUAAACUAUUUACAAACAGCUUGGAUUUAAAAAAAAAAAAAAAAACAACUAUUCUAAAAUUCUGGAAUGGCUUGCAGUUGACAUCUUGUCUGAAACCACACUUCAUAAUUACUUUCCAUUUCAUUCAGUUUCUGAGGUCGACUAACUUUUUUCUAGUCAACUAUUCAGUUACGCCUAAUUUGUACCUGCCACUUCGAGACAGGAGUUGAUGCCAAUGCACCUUUUUAACAGCUUCUCUGUCAAUUAUAAUUACACACAUGCAGUGUUUGUGAUUUCUGGAAACUAUAUUGAUCAGUGGCUCUGCAUGUUACCUCAUCCUCACACUAUUUGGGUCUAUUCUGAUUUAAACAGUGACAGAUCUAUAUAUUGUCUCCCUUCUUUUUUAUAAGCGCCCUGACUAAGUGACCGGUAUUAAGACAGGUAGCGUCAUAAAGUGAUGCUGGGUAAUAGGCAGAGACUUUCUUGAUUUUCAUUCAUUUGCCUGGCAGGUGCACCAAACACCAGUUUUUCCCAUGUGUUUUGUCAGUGGUGUGUCUGUGUUUAUAAAGCAAUACUGUAAUAUAGCAAACUCUGUUUUUGCUGUGAUUUUUCUUCCUCACCUGAUGUCUGUACAUGUAUAUUCUUUAGGUUGCCUGCGCUCCAAACAUAUCUAGCAUUUGCGUGUUUCCUCCUCUAAAGCUGUCUGUGCACAAAUGUUUAAAGAAAGGCCUAGGGGCCUCCUGACCAUGUUCAUCAGGAUACUGCAGUUAAUGGAUUUACUGUAAACAAAAGUAAUGUUGUGAUUGUUGCUUCAUCGCGAUGAGAACUUUGAUACCGAAGUUGCCCACUGAAAGUUUUGAAUUUGUAAACCUUACAAAAAAAUAUAUAUAUAUACUGAACUUGAAGUUUUAAAUUUUCAGUAUUUUUUGCUUUGUCUUAAAUAUUGUGUGCCUGUGCAUUUUAAGUGUAGUGUCCCACUACAGAUCUCAGCUAUAGGAUACAAUUUCAAUUUGGAAGUCAGACAGGAUACGAGACCUGCCAAAAGUGAUUUUUCCAAAUGCAUAGAAGUGACAUAUGGCAGCACCCUGUUCUGAUCCUGAGUUUGCAUUGACUUGGUUUGGUCUCUAGUGCUGUUUUAGUAAGCUUCAGAGGCACUCCAAUGUCAAAUCUGGUAGUUUAUUCAAACUGAGUCCCUAUGUAAAACAAGCUAUAUUUGGUAAGUUUGGAACUUGCUCGAUUUGGCAUUCUUGUUAUCUUGUUUUUGGUAAGGUAACGCAACAAAUAUUAUGAAGUUAUUUAAUCCUGGCUGGAAUGCAAAUGCUUUCCUAUUUUGGUUUCAGUUCAAUUAACCUUUCAGUGGUAAUUCAGAGACGGUAGAAGAGUAUGUGCACCACAAUUGAAUAAACUGUUCUCAAUGUUAAACAUAAAUAAUAAAAAAGUAUGUCAUGUGUCUUUGUAUGUGUGAAAGCAAGCUAACUGAAUUGGGUAUGAAGUGGAGGUGUAGGAAAGAGUUGGCAUUUCAAACACACAUCAUGUCCAUCUGCUUUGCCAUCUGUUAUCAAAUUCAACUCUGAAGGUGCUUCUGCUUUCAGAACCAGAUUUGAACUUUCAUACUUGUGCUCUCAAGCUCUCUCUCUCUCUCUCUCUCUCUAUCUCGCACGCUGUGGAGGUGUUUUGAUUUGUACAAUACAAUAAUGCAGGAAUAGUUUCUGUAAAUAUGUUUUAAAAGCUGUACAAUAUUUAAAUAAAGAAUAUAGUAUU